AUGUCUACGCAGGAGCAGCAGCUCUGCCAGCUUUUGGCGGACCUGCCUGCCCGGUUUUGCAAUCGUUACGAUGAAGAUGCAGCACGGGAGCUUCUAACGAGCUUGUUUUGGUCUCUGGCGGGUGGCAAUCAAGACUACAUGCGACUUCUUUUCCCCGAGGGUAAGCCCUCCGACAGCCUGAAGCUUGGUGAUGCCCAGGGUGCCGUCGAAGGCGCCGAAUACACCGAAGCAGCCCGUGGCAAGCGAUGCGGACACAUCUUCAAACCUGGCGAGGCGACCUACAUGUGCCGGACGUGCGGAACCGACGAAACGUGUUGUCUCUGCGUCCGGUGCUACGACUCAACAGAUCAUACCGGUCACAUGGUUCGAAUACAAAUGUCUGUUGGAAACAGUGGGUGCUGCGACUGUGGUGAUGACGAAGCUUGGAAGACGCCAUUGUUUUGCACUAUACAUUCGGACAUGAAAUCCGGGCAGGCAAAGGGCAAAGGCAAAGAAGCUGUCGGGCUGCCAGAUGACCUUCUGAACAGCCUUCGUAUGACCAUCGGUCGCGUGUUCGACUACAUCUGCGACGUCAUCUCCUGCUCCCCAGAACAGCUGAGGCAGGCAAAAACCAAAGAAUCAAUCUUGAAAGAUGAGGAGGCGUCGCGACUGACAUCUGUCUAUUACGGUCCUGAGACCACAUUCUGCGACGAAUUUGCCCUCAUCCUGUGGAAUGACGAGAAACACACAGUCCAAGAAGUCCAGGAUCAGAUUGCUAGGGCAUGUAGGAAGACCAGACGGGAGGCUGCCAAGGAUGCUUGGGAAACUGAUGCUGUCGGGAGAAGUAUCUUGAUCUAUCUAAACGACAUUGAUAUGCUACUUCAAAUGGCCAAGAUCAUGGAGGCUAUCAGAGUCACAGUUACAAUUAGGUCGGCGCGAGACACAUUCCGUGAACAAAUGUGUGGCACGCUUGUUGAAUGGCUGAGCGAUAUUUCCGGCUGCUCCAUUGGGCACGACAACAAUAUCCUUAGGCGAACAGUCUGCGACGAGAUGAUGAAAACCUGGCGUCAGGGAAGCCACGCUUCUCACACAUCAGGCGUUAUUGACGACGAAGACGAAGAUGAGCAGAAUAUAAUGUCACAAACCAGGAUACACGGCCUUAACGUGCACUUUAUCAGGGCGCUACAGGCUGCAGCUGCUCCUGGUGGCAAUCUUGAAAUUAAUGUUGACGGAGGAGAUGAGGACGUGGACCAGGAUGACGAUGCAGACAUGGGUGACAAUGAUGAUGAUGGCCAGUCGCCCACUAGCUCAGUAGCGGGCGGUGACGAGGAUGAGGACGACGAUGUCAUGAUGGUAGAUGCCAGAGGAGACGUUGGCGAUCUGGGUAUGAACUGGUCACAAUCGGAUCAGGCUCUGGAAGAAGACGAGGCCACAAUGGCAGGCUAUCCUCCACCGCCGCCGCCGCCGCCAGUUCAAGCAAGGGCGGCACGGCGAGAACGGGAUGGUACUCCCUCGGAUUCUGAUACGGCUGAUCCUUUGAUUGCACCCGCAGUCUAUGCCAAAGCAAACGUUGAUAUUCCCAAGACUCCAGGGAAAACAGAAAAGCCCGCCCCUCGACCUGGUAGGUACUGGAUCGAAACCCCACAAGUCUAUACACAGCGAGACAAUGUGCCCCCGGCUGAAGACGUGUUCCAACGUGUACGCCUCGAUUGGCUGCUUCUUUUUGACUUGCGGAUGUGGAAGAAGGUCAGGAUCGACCUUCGCUCGCUUUAUAUCUCAACAGUGGUGUCAGUGCCGGAAUUCAAGCGUGUUUUGGCUUUGAGAUUUGCCAGCCUUUACACAAUAUUAGCGCAACUGUACCUGGUUGGGGAUAGGGAACCGGAUCACUCUAUUAUCAACCUGUCGCUGCAGAUGCUGACAACUCCAUCGAUAACCGCUGAAGUUGUGGAGCGAGGAAACUUCAUGAGCAGCCUGCUAGCUAUUCUUUACACCUUUUUGACUACUCGACAAGUUGGCCAUCCGUGGGAUGUUUCUCCCGACGCCGUCCUUGCGUUCGAAAGCGGGUCAGUGACCAAUCGCCGAAUGUACCAUUUCUACCAAGACUUGAAAUACCUGUUUGGAUCUCCUCACGUCCAAGAGCGAGUCAGAUCCGAGCCUCGAUAUUUGAUGCAGUUUUUGGACUUGGUGAAGCUUCACCAGUGCAUUGGACCAAACGUGCGAGCAGUGGUUGAGCAUGUCGAGUAUGAAGCAGACUCUUGGAUAACAGCUUCGUUAGUCACACGGCAAAUCAAUCUCCAAGCAAGAAUCCUAGCCGAGGCAUUCCGAGACUGUCCGCCUGAUGAAAUUCACUAUCUCCAGAGAGCCAUUCGUUUUACCUCAAAGACUGUAAUUUUGAACUCCAUAGGCGCAGAACGUCAUAGGUUUAAGCAAGGGGAGAUCAAGGAUGAGGUGAAAUUCAAGACGCUAACCGACUUUGAGUUUGACACAGAGAAUGCUUCCUACGAAGUUGUCAAAUUUGUUGUUGAGAAAGAUUCCAUCAGCUUCCACCAUGCCUUGCACUACACCUUGUCUUGGCUCAUCGAAUGCGGUCGCUCACUGCCUGCAUCCAGCAUUCGAGCAUUGAUGAGCUUCACUGGCCAAGAGCUGAGAUCAAAGCCAAGAUUGAUGGGACGGCCACAGAUCCCAAGAAAGGACUAUGACCCCGAGGACUACCUUAUGGCCGCCUUUGACUUCCCUCUGCGGGUUUGUGCUUGGCUGGCGCAGAUCAAAGCCAAUAUGUGGGUUCGAAAUGGCAUAAGUUUGAGGCACCAAGCUAGCACAUAUCGAGGUGUAGGGCAGAGGGAUGUAACGCACCAUCGAGACAUUUUUCUUCUUCAGACGGCGAUGGUUGUGUGCAAUCCAAGCCGCGUGCUUGCGUCCAUCAUUGACCGGUUUGGUAUGGAUGGCUGGGUGAAGGGGUUGUUUGAGCUCAAGUCUGAAGCUCAGGAUGAUGCGCAACAUCUUGACAUUGUUGAGGACAUGAUUCAUCUUCUCAUUGUCCUCUUGAGCGAUCGGACUUCUCUUAUUGCUCCUGAUGAUGAGCCAAACUCAAGAAUUCUCGCCAUGCGACGAGACAUCACGCAUGUUUUGUGCUUCAAACCGCUAUCCUUCAACGAGAUAUGUGGCAAGUUGCCCGAGAAGUAUCAAGAACAAGAGGACUUCCAUCGCGUCUUGGACGAAAUGGCGACUUUCAAACCCCCCGAAGGCAUUUCUGACGUAGGCACUUUCGAAUUGCGUCAAGAAUUCAUCGAAGAUAUUGAUCCCUAUAUUGCACACUACAACAAAAAUCAGCGAGAGGAGUCAGAGAUGGCAUAUCGAAAGAAGAUGGCCAAGAAGACUGGCAAGACAAUUGAGGAGAUUGUUUAUGAACCCAAGCACCGGCCUGUGCCAUCAGGCUUGUUUGAAAACCUGGGGCAGUUCACCAGCACUGGCAUGUUUGCCCAAAUUAUCUACUACUCACUCUUGUAUCCUCUUGUUGCCCAAAAAUUUACACCUUCUGUGCCAUUUACUCGGUUAGAGACGUUCUUGCAAGUCGUCCUCCAUCUGAUUCUCAUUGCCAUUCUCGAGGACAAGUCCCAUGAAUUGGAAUCAGUUGGACAGCCGCCAAACUCAUUUGUCCAAAUUGCUCUCACCACCAUGGCUCGCAGCAAUUUCAUGCCGGAAGCGAACAAUUCCCGAACCAUUGUUUCACUAUUAACUUUAAUGUCAAACAAGGACGAGUUCAAAGCAGUUCAUCCCAAGAUUGCUCUAGUCUUGAGGAGACUGAGGCAAAAGCGGCCGCAAGCAUUCGAGAUUUCUUUUGUAAAUCUUGGCAUCUCGGUAGACCGUGUUGACACCGCCUCUCCGGCCAACAACUCUGCUGAAGAGGAGCGGGAAAGGCGGAAAAAGGCUGCCUUAAACCGUCAGGCCAAGGUCAUGGCACAGUUCCAACAACAGCAGAAAAAUUUUCUGGAGAACCAAGGUGGAAUUGAUUGGGGUUCUGACUUGGAUGAAGAUGAGGACGAAAUGGGCCAAUCUGAGGACCGAAAGCAUAAUUGGAAGUAUCCAACAGGGACUUGUAUCUUGUGCCAGGAGGACGCAGAUGAUAGAAGGCUUUAUGGCACAUUUGCCCUUCUCAAUGAAAGCCGCGUGCUCCGCCAAACUGACUUUCAAGACCCCGAGUUGGUAAGAGAAGCCUCACAAACACCUUGCAACCUCGAUCGAUCUGCCGAAGACAUUCGGCCGUUUGGAAUCGCGCAUGAGAAUCGGAAAAUGGUUGAGAAGCUCAAUUUAAAUGGGGAGACUUUUUUGGCUGAACGCCAAACCAUUGGCAAAGGGUUCAAGGCCAAUCUGUCCAGACCGGGCCCGGUUGCCAGCGGAUGUGGGCAUAUGAUGCAUUAUCGAUGCUUUGAAAUGUAUUACGAGGCAACGAAUCGCCGACAUACGCAUCAAAUUGCAAGACAUCAUCCCGAGGACACGAGGCGCAAUGAAUUUGUGUGCCCGUUAUGUAAAGCUCUUGGCAACGCAUUUCUUCCCAUCAUAUGGAAAGGGUUGGAAGAAUCGUACCCGAGCUACUUGCAACCGUCAAUAUCUUUUGGAGAAUUCCUUGACCUGAAGAUGGGUUCGGCAUAUUGGCUGCAAGGGGGUAAGGCCCCCGAGGUCGACUCACCCAGCCCACCGAACAUGUACACGCCAAGUGUACCAGGCAGUCUGGUUGAAACUCUGACGAACCAGCACCCGGAUGCAGAUAUUUCAUGGGGGAGAGACGACCCCGACUCGCAGUCUUCUGUGCUUGGAACCCCGGCGAGCUCCUCAUUCUCUACUGCUGGCAUACCAGAGCCAGGUAACUCUCUGGCGGCUGCUGGCCCCAACAGUCAAAUUUUGGGAGACUUGAAGGCAGCAUAUCGGCGUCUUCGAGAUACUCUACGAGUGAAUGGGCUGCAUACUCGGCAUCCUAUUGAUGCCAAGGCUACUGGAGGAGAUGAGCUUUACUCGAGCGACACUCUUGUUCAAGUCAUCGGCUUCACCAUAUCAUCUGUGGAAAUACAGCAACGCGGCGUCGAGGUCCAACCAGGCAUGACGUUAUUGGAUAAAAUCCCGGAGCAAGUACUCGUCCACCUACGAGUUCUUUCGGAAACUGCUUCGUCCUACAUAGCCGUUGGAGCAGGCCACACGGACGGGGUUCCCAAUCGUAUUGAAGAUGAAUUCACCAAUGACAGUGAGAGACAGCACUGCCAGUUAUUUAUGUGUCGAUAUGUUGGAACCCAGGACUUGCUGGCAGCUACUUCGGUUCUUCGACCUUUGGACGCUUAUCCACCUUUGCUGAGCCUUGAUCCAUUCACCUUCCUGGUUGAAUGCGCAUAUGGCCUUGUACCGGCCUACAAUGCCGAAAUUUCUCAUAUGCUCAGGCUGUGUUAUCUGGCUGAACUUGUCAAGGUUGUGUUUCACAUGGGGCGCAACGUUCCAUUCAGCAUGUGGAUAGAAGGCCUUGCUGGCAAGCAAUCACAGGAUCCGGCCAUGAUCAACUUUGCCAGCUUUGCGCUUGCAAUCACCAAAUGCGGAAUGGAGCUCGAGGUGGCCAACUUUGGCAAGACCAGCGACAAUGAGGGGGAGAAUAAGGGUUUCCAACAGCCAGGCGUGGAUACUUUGGAAAGCUGGUACACUUUUGUGAAGAAGUAUGCGUUGACCUUCUUGCGGAAAAGUGUGGUGUUCUUGUACGUCAAGUACGGUGUCGACUUCAACAGCCACAUCUUGUCGAGUCAGGAUGCGGAUUCGGACGAGCUUGAUCGCCUCACAGCUGCUCUUCGCCUACCCAGUUUUGAUGAAAUGUGUGCCUCUAUGACGGAAAACGCCUUUGCGUGUGGUUGGCCAACGACAACGUACGACCUGGUUUCGGGCUGGAUCAAGCACCAGGUUGUUUGGCCAAAUGGUUAUGGAGACAUGAGCCAAUCUGCCCUGGUCAGCCAUCCAGGCAUUUUCGAACUGAUUGGUCUCCCGAAGACUUACGACACACUAAUUGAAGAGUCGAUCAGGAGAAGGUGUCCAUCUACCGGUAAAGACCUCACAGAUCCGGUCAUUUGCUUGUUCUGCGGUGAAAUCUUUUGCAGUCAGAGCAACUGUUGCCAAAAGCCGGAGACUGUCGGUCGGGAGACGACGAGAAUUGGUGGUGCUCAACAGCAUAUGCGCAAGUAA